AUGGACGGUGUAAGACCAAUUCAAACUCCACUCAGUAUAAUUGGAGAUAUUUCAUCUGAUCGUAGCACUUUGCGCAAUGGCGCUACAGAAUACAGAAGCAUCGUUAGUGGUGAUUUACAAUAUCUAACAUUUACUCGUCUUGAUUUAGUUUAUGCUGUCAACAAGGUCUGUCAAUUCAUGAAUAAACCAACUGAGUUUCAUUGGGGUUUAGUUAGACUUAUAUUACGUUAUCUAAAACAUACUUUUACAUUUGGGAUACUUCUUAAACCACCAACCAAUAUACAAUUAUCAUUCACUGCUUAUACGGAUUCUGAUUGGGAUGGUUCAUUAGAUGAUCGUCGUUCAACAAGUGGCUAUUGUAUUUUCUUAGGUGGCAAUCUUAUUUCCUGGAGUGCUCAUAAACAGAAAACAGUGUCUCGUUCUAGUAUUGAAGUUGAAUAUCGUGGUCUUGCAAUUGUUGCUUCUGAGAUCAUGUGGAUUUCUUCUAUUCUUUCAGAAUUACAAGUAUCCACCAAAUGUCCUCAUGUUUUAUGA